GUGACGAGCGGCGGAAGCGGCUGAAGUUUGGGGCGAGAGAGUCGCCAGGAGUUGGGGCGAGUCGGCAACGGCGCCCACGGCUCGGGCUCCCCCACUACACAGGACAGCGAGAUGGAACCGAUCAACAGCUGGAGCCCGCGACGGGUGUCCCUGUGGUUACAAGGCCUGGACAGUAAUGUGCAGAAGUAUCCAUUUGACCAGUGGCAAGUGAAUGGGGAGCAACUUUUGCGAUUGUCACAGCAGAACCUGGAGGAGUUGGGCGUGAAACAAAUUGGGCACCAGGAGCUGAUUCUGGAGGCAGUGGAGCUGCUAUGUGCACUGACCUAUGACCUAGAGACAGAGAAUCUGAAAAUUCUGAUGGAGAAGCUGAGAGCAGUCUCUGGAACCCUUCAGUCCUUCAUUAUCAGUCGGAGGAAGGCCACCCCCCCUGCACAGAGAACGUCUGGAGACCUUCUCUACUCUGUUAUUGACCUUCUUCAAAUCACCAAAGCUAUUUUUUCCUGGCUAAACAGGUACCCAUUUAUAUGUAUAAUAAAUUAUAACGACAUGAAGAGGGAGAUCAUCAGGUUAUGUGUGGAGCUGGCAGAGACUAUCCAUAAGGAAUGCAGCCAGAUAGAGAAGGAAAACUGUAUAGUUAGCAUUUGCAGAGAGCUCUCCAGUUUCUGUGAAAACAUGGUGAAGGGCAGCCCAGAGGAGCUGGUGAACCAGCGUGCCUGCCUAGAGACGAUACAUUUACUUACCACUUCACCAGGGCAGAGUCUGGGAAUUGAAAUCAAGUCGAAUAAUGGUCUGCAUUUUAUCACGGAGACUGCACUAAAUUCUCCAGCUCAACGAUCUCAGAAGAUUCGGCCAGGGGAUGAGGUUGUCCAAGUGAAUGAUAUGGUUGUGGUUGGAUGGACAUUGAAUAACCUGGUGGCCAAGCUGCGAGAGAAUCAGAGCCAAGUGGUGCUUGUUAUGAAAAAGUUGCCCCUUGAUAUAAUACCGUCUUUGUGUACCCCCGAGAAUAUAUGUCCAGCUAAACCUCAACCACCACAGUUACCAGGAAGUUCAUUAGAAGAUGCAGCAUUAUACCCAGACCCCAGUGUACUCUGUGAUGGAUAUGUGCCAGAUUCUCGGAGGGAUAAGAUAGGACUCCAGCAGGUCCCACAAGGCGACUUCAACACCUCUGAGAUCAAUGCUGUCUGUGAGGACGAAUCUCAGUCAGUGCAGGUUGACUCUGAGCCCAAAUCCGAGUCUGCGAGUGAAGCAGGGGAUGCAGAUUGUGUGCUGCCAGAACUAUCCCAUACAGUGGGUGAGGAUAUACAGGAAGCCAGUCAAUUUUCAGAAGAGGGAACUACAGGUGAAAGAGGGGAGCUUGUUACUGAUGGUUCACCAAUUUCACAAUCUCCAAGAGUUACUGAGCCUCACAAAGUUGAAGAUGGAAUGAAAUAUUAUCCUGAGUAUGAAGCAAUGCCCGGAUCAGCAUCAACAGAUGAUGCCAGAGCAAUCCAAUUGCGCAACAGACGGAAGAAAAAGGGGAUUGCAUCUAAACUGAGUCGCAGACGGAUUUCAUGCAGGGACCUCGGUUUGGGAGAAUGUUAUGGCUGGCUUUGGAAAAAGAAGGAGCAUAGUAGAUUCAUGAGCCAAAAAUGGAAGCGCUGCUGGUUUGUCCUGAAGGGGCACACCCUAUACUGGUACAACAGUGAGAACGAUGAGAAAGCUGAAGGAUUAAUCAAAUUGUCGUCGUACACUGUGGAGGCAGCUGGAGAGCACAAGAGGAAAUUUGUCUUCCAGCUUUGUCAUCGCAAGUUCAAGUCUUUUGUGUUUUCAGCAGACAAUGUGGAUGAAAUGAGGAAGUGGAUUAACAGCAUCAUCAGUGCCGUCCAAAAAUACAAAACCGAGAAACAUUAUGAAAACAAAGAAGAAGAUUGCUGGAGUGAGACAGAGACAGAAGAAUGCGAUGAUUCUCCAGAUGUUCCUUCUGCUUCCAGGGCUAAGUCCUACCCCCUGGCACAGAGGAACAGUGACAUUUCUGUCACGGAACAGCUCAGGCAAUCAGUGGGUGACUACGUACAAAGUGGACAAGGUGGAGUUCCCAGCAGUGGGCCAUCCAGCCCCAGUAAGGAGAAAGAACUGAUUUCGGAACCCAGCCAGAAUUCCAAUGAUGAAUUGGAGGUGUUAAUGAAAAUGUUAGAGCAAGGUGGGCUGUCAUUAAUCGGCAAAGAACAACCCUUUCGAAAAGAUUAUCAUCAGUCGUUCAUCAGACGAAAUAAGAACCCAAUUAUCAAUGAGAAAGCACACAAUCUCCGAGCUCUUAAGAGCACACUAAAGGCUAAAAUUGUGGAUUUGCAAUCAAUUAACAAGAUCCUGGAGGAUCCUCAUUUGACAGCAGCAAAGUAUAGAGUUUGGAAAGAGGGAAAUCAGGAACUGCUUGCAGACAUCCAGAAAGCUCGGCAGCUUGCAAAGAAAGGACGGAGAGCGAAAGCUGAACAUCCGUCAAUUCCUGAACAAGACCUGCAACUGGAAGCCAUGGAGAAUUCUUUCACUUGGUUUAAUACAGGUCAAAUAUCAGCAGAAACAUCCAUGUCUGUGUUACAUGAACUGGAGGACAACAAAGUUACCUGUUCAGGUAGCACAUCUCCGCAAUCAGGAACUGGAGAAUAUGACUGUGAGGAGGGAAUGCAUACCCAACAGGACUUGGACAUUGACAGGAUUCAAAGAUGUCCUUAAUCCUUCUGUAAUUUCACAUCCAAGCCACUGAAUGAAUCCCAAAAUGAGAGCAGAGCUUGGAAUUAGGCACUGUUAAUUCGGAAGAUGUUUUACCGAAGAGCAAAUAUGCUAAACUCUUGUUUUUUUUACCAUGCACAUUGACAAGAAAUGUAACCUGUUUUUAAAUUUAAUUUUAGCAACAAAAUUAUUCAAAUUGGUUAAAAGGGAAGGAAAAGCUAUAUCUCUGAGUGAUUCUGUUGUGUGAUUUUUAUAAAGAAGCCAAACAUUUUAUGCACUUACAAUAAUAUAUUAGACAUGUUUUUAAUAAUUUCUUUAAUAUUUGUAUGUAACCCAAAAUGCAUACAAAUAUAAAGGUUCAUCCCUCUAAAAAAAUGUCAGACAUCUUUUUCCUACAUUACAUAUGUGCUAAACAAAGGGGUCAGAAACAGGCUAGAAAUAUGUUGGCCUUGUGUGGACACAGCUACACCUAGAACAACAAAGGAAAGUGUUCAAUUGCAUCAGUCUCCCCUGAAUAUUUCAUUCCAUCUUUCACUCCAAUCUAGAGAUUGUCUGCACUGAAUCAAAAAUAUGUCUGCCGUUUCCUUUUGCAAAAUUGAUCUUUCCAUGUGCAUCUAUUGUUAAAUGUCUCAUUCCCAUCAAUGUUCUCUUUUUCUGACAAUGUUUAGAAAAGAAAAGCUUGUUGGUAUUUUACUCAUCCCGUCUCUCCUAUUGUGUUCAUGCACAACGGGGUCGUGCACUGUGAUUUAUUGUUUACCUCAGCUUUAAAAUAACUUGAUUGAUAUUUCCUGAGUUUGGGCAAUCCUUUUAUAUGUAGUGACAGUUAAUAUUUGCUUACGUAGCACACUCGGGCGGUGUUCCAAAUCACGCGACUGUGUAUAUAGAUUUGAACACAUACUAAAAUAUUCAGUCAUGUCAUUCACCUUACAUGUACAUCUUUGCUGCUGAAGAGUCUACCAAACAACAUGGGCAGUGGCUUGAAAUUGUGGACAAUUUGUUUGCCACUCUUCCCAAAACAAAUGCUAUUGAUUUCUGCCCCAUCCCCCUUUAUUAAUUUAUAAUGUUGCUAUCGGCUUCAGAUCAUACAGAAUCAAUUCUGAUUAAAUUAGAUAUUAAAAUCCUGUUGCAAAACCUUCAAUUGAUAUAAAUUCUGGAAAAGUUACUUUGUAUUUUGGAAUUGGUGUCUGAUGUGAUCUAUAUCUCAGUUUGAAAGGGUUUAGGGUUUUUUUUUUUUUAAUCCUUUUUCCCACAAUAGUCAUCUAUUCAAACUCUGGUUUAUUCUGCUUGACGCCAAAUCAUUACUAUUAACUUCUAAUGACACUACAAUGUCCAAUGUACAUGUCUAUCAAAGUGCACAAAACUAUUACUUUCUAACAGGACACUAAAAUGACCAAUGUGCACAUGCCUUUUCAGUGUCCAUAGACUAUCUGAUAACAGAGAAAAUUAUAACCUGGCCUGCUCCAUCAUUUACAGGAACUUCCAGUACAUCCUCUGAAUUGCAAAAUUAUUUUCCAUCCACAAUCCAGCAUAGCCAGACAAAUCAGAAUACUGUGGUAGUCCAGACUGACUAUCAGUACAGUUCAAAUAUCCAACCUAGAUUGUUCUUGAUCUUAUGACUGUGAUGUAGAUCACCUCUUAACUAUUCUUGCUUAUCUCUGUAACAUCUGUACUUGAAUUCCAGAUUUUUAAACACGUGGAUUAUGGAAUCUCAAUUAAUUUAAAAAAUAAAAUGUUUAUUUUAGUG